AUGGACCACAACCAUGGUGGACCGGACGACAUGGAAAUGCUCUGCCCGAUGCAGAUGUCGUUCCACGGAGGGAGCUGCGAGAUCAUUCUGUUUCCUUCGUGGGCCACCACCGAAGUGGGCCAAUUCGUGGGUGCCUGGUUCGGAUUCUUCCUACUGGCGCUGCUGUACGAGGGACUCAAGUUUUACCGCGAAGUGCUCCGUAAGAAGGAACUCAACGCUACAACGCCCGGUGUGACGAAGACGUUGAGACAACAUUACACGAGUAAAUUCCACAUUAUGCAAUCGGCGCUGCAUCUGAUCCAGGUUUCGGUCUCCUACAUCCUGAUGCUGAUCGUUAUGACGUUCAACCUGUGGCUGUGUUUGGCCGUCGUUUCCGGAGCUGCCAUUGGGUAUUACUUCUUCGGUUGGAUUCGCCAGAGCACUCACGAUCCGAACGAGUGCUGCAAUUGA